AUGUCGCCUGCUAAUGUUACGAAGAAGCCGGUCGUCACCAAGUCGCCGGCUGCCAAACCCCCUGUGAAGAAGGCCACGGCUCCAAAGCCGACCCCAACCAGCCAAUCAGCAUCCAAGCGGCCAGUACCAGCUGCCGUCCAGAGGAAGAAGAAAGAUGACCUUGGUGCUGGAUUAAGGAUUUCGAAAGAAAAUGUCGAGGCGCAUCCAGCUGGACCACCGCGUUUUGGAGAGUUGACACAGGCCGAACGCGCCUUCACGUUAGCCUCAACGUUCUUGUCUGGCGUUCUGGCUAUAAGCGCAUCUCAAUUCCUGGGCGCGCCGUUGAAGCUCAUUGACCCGCAGUUCUACGAUGGGUAUAUGGCAUACACCAAGGAAUGUUUUGCCAUCUUGAUCACCUGCCUAACCCAAUGGUGGGCCCCAACUGUCGUCCGUGUAUCUGGCGACUCCAGUAUGGUCGGUCAACUUAUCAAGCGCAAAGACGGAUCUCUACAAUGUAACUUUGCUGAUCGCCUGGUUCUCAUGGCCAACCACCAACUCUACACUGACUGGCUAUACCUCUGGUGGAUUGCUUACACGAACAACAUGCACGGUUUCAUCUACAUCAUCCUGAAGGAGUCAUUGAAGAAUAUCCCUAUCAUUGGGUGGGGUGCUCAGUUCUACAAUUUCAUCUUCUUAUCCAGGAAAUGGGAGGAAGAUCAACGAACAUUCAAGAAACAUCUGACCAAGCUGAACAAGAAGGGAGAUCCUAUGUGGCUAAUCAUAUUUCCGGAGGGGACCAACCUGUCUAAGACCACACGCGAGAAGAGUCAGAAAUGGGCACAGAAGAAUGGUUUGCAGGACAUGAAGCACCAGCUACUCCCACGCAGCACCGGUCUCAAGUUCUGUCUGAAUGAGUUGAGAGAAACCACCGAUUGGCUGUACGACUGCACCAUCGCAUACGAAGGUGUACCAGAAGGUCAAUUUGGUCAAGAUAUCUUUACCUUGCGCUCUUCUUUCUUCGAGGGAAGACCUCCAAAAUCAGUAAACAUGCAUUGGCGACGAUUUCAUCUCGAUGAUAUCCCAUACGAGAAUACGCACGCUUUUGAGGUCUGGCUGAGAAACCGAUGGAGGGAGAAGGACUAUAUGCUCGAAUAUUUCAGUCGCCACACUCGCUUUCCUGCAGAAGACUUUUGGAAGAACCAUUUGGACAUGGAUACCAAGAGUGAGAGCAGCAGAGGUAACGGAAGCAAGACCAUUCGAACAGUGCCACGGCCGGCGGUGCAGAUUGAGACAGAAGUGAAGUCAGGAAACUGGAACGAGUUCGUCAAAAUUUUCGCACCGAUAACGUCCGUCAUGAUGGCCCUAACCGUAGCCUACGGCGCUUCGCCUGCAGACCUACCCAUACCUGGCGGCAAAGAGUUCUUCGAGAACCACAUCAAGACGCUGCUAGGUCAAGGUGGCGAGAUGAAAGGCCUACCAAGUCCAGAACAACUGGAAAAGAUGAUAGAAGGCGCUGCGCAGAUGGGCGCCGCACAGGCAGCAGGACCAAAAGAAGUCCCAGAAGUCCAGCGUCUUACGCAAGAAAACCUGGCCAAAUUAGUCAAGGAAACAGCGAUAGCAAGUGGCGCUGUAAUGCCAAAUGGGAUGAGAAGAGCAAGCACAGCAAUCCCAGGUGCACCUACGAAGACCUUGGAAGCGCCAACCGCCACCACCCCGGCCGCAAGGCGAGCCCAGAGUGCCAUCAACCUUCCAACGUCAUCCGCAAAGAAGCCUACCACUGCUGCUGCAUCAAAGCCAGGCACUGCCGCACAAGCCCGAAUAAACUCUACAGCAGCGGCAACUAAGAAGCCCACUCCGGUACCUACAGGCCCGAUGAAAGAAAUGAUGACCGCCUCUGGUGUCAUGAUUAAGGUGCCUCAAACGGAAGUCGAGCAAGCUAAGAAAACCGGUACACUCACCAUGAAAAAUGGUGUCAAGAUCAAGGUUGGUAAGGAUGAGAUUGAAAAAGCUCAGGAGAACAAGGGAACAACAUUCAUGACAGCAGGUGGAGUGCCAAUCAAAGUCACCCCUAGUGGCGCUGUGCAAGUGCCCCAAAAGGUGGAUAAGGGGCAAGCGGUCAAGAAGACGGGAGAGUUGGCAAAGAAGAUGGAUGCUAUCUCUACGCCGGCGAAGAAAGCUCCCAGCAAAAUAGCCUCAGGUACGAAUGGGACUGUGAAGAAGACCCCUGCAGCGAAUGGGACUGCAAAAAAACCAGUCGCUGCACCAAGGAAGCUUUGA